GAUGUGCUCUGCAGGACACUGACCUGCUGCAGACGACGCAGUGUCCCCUGUGUCCACUCGCUGCUUUACAACGAUACAGAAACGCUGCCCUCUGUUUUAUAAAGGAUUUAAAGCCUCAGCAGAUCAGGCAUCAUGAAGUUGUGGACAUGUCUAGGAGCUCUCUGGAUCCUCUCUAUCUGCUCAGUUCAGGCUGCCGUAGACAUCUGCAGCGCUAAGCCCAAAGACCUGCCUCUGCAGCCGGUCUGCAUCUACCGCAACCCAAACGUGCACGAUCAUGAAGCAGCACCAACCGAGAAACCCGCUGUGAAGGUCCUGGAGAAAGCCUCAGAAAAAGCCCACGGGAAGAUGCUAGAGAAGAUCCCAGAGUCCACCAACCCUCGAGUGUAUGAGCUGUCCAAAGCCAACGGCCGCUUCGCCCUGUCCCUCUUUAAGCAGCUCUCUAAGGGAAAACCUCAUGAAGAAAACAUCUUCAUGUCCCCCCUCAGCAUCUCCACGGCCUUCGCCAUGACCAAGCUGGGGGCCUGCAAUAGCACACUGGAGCAGAUCAUGAAGGUCUUCGAGUUCGACACUAUAAAGGAGAAAACGUCAGAUCAGGUUCACUUUUUCUUCGCUAAGCUGAACUGUCGCCUCUACCGCAAAAAACACAACACUGUGGAGCUGGUCUCGGCCAACCGCCUGUUCGGAGAGCAGUCCCUGAACAUCAACGAGAACUUCCAGAACAUCAGCGAGGUCGUCUACGGGGCCAAGCUGAUGCCACUCAACUUUAAGGAGAAACCUGAAAUAUCGAGACUGAAAAUCAACCAGUGGAUCUCUGAGAAGACUAAAGGUAAAAUAAACGACACUCUGCCGCAGGGAUCAAUAGACGCCACUGCUGUAAUGGUCCUGGUGAACACCAUCUACUUUAAGGGCCAGUGGAAGAAUAAGUUUGACAAAAAGGAUGUCAUGUCGUUACAAUUCCAUGUGAGCUCUACAAAGAAGUGUCAGGUUCACAUGAUGUACAAGGAGGCAAAGUUCCAGUAUAAGAAGUUUCCAGAGGAUAAGGUGAAGGUGCUGGAGCUGCCCUACAAUGGAGGCGGGAUUUCCAUGGUGCUGGUGCUACCAAUGAAAGAUUCCAACCUUACUGAGGUGGAAAAGAUCAUAACCCAUAGCAAACUGACCAACUGGACGAACACCAUGUCUGAGACCACCGUGGCGGUUCAGAUCCCCCGUUUCCGCAUCGAGGACAGCUUCAGCCUAAAGGAGAAGCUGCGGGACAUGGGCCUCAACCAUCUCUUCAGCGCAGAGCACGCCAGCCUCCCAGGCAUCGCUGAGGGCGUCGACAACGGCAUUUACAUCUCUGACGCUUAUCACAAGGCUUUCCUCGAAGUGAACGAGGAGGGCAGUGAGGCAGCAGCUGCCACGGCUGUUGUGGCACUCGGCCGCUCCCUCAACGUGAACCGCGAGAGUUUUGUCGCCAACAAGCCCUUCCUGCUCUUCAUCCGGGAAGUCACCAUCAACACCAUCAUCUUCGCUGGCCGCAUAUCCAACCCCUGCAAAAGCGGCUAAAGCACUUUGUUCCUUUUAUUUGAAAUGUUACCAGCACUGGAGGAGAAGGAGGGAGAGGAAAGCCAGUUGUUAUCCUCAUCCAUCAGACAACGAGAUGGUUUUUCAUCACAAAUAAAGAUCUUUUCGCCAUGUCA